AUGCACAGGAUCGCUCGUCUCCCCCGUGUCGUGCAGGCCCUGCACGGGUCGCGCUUCCGCUACGUCUCGCGCGGGCUCGCGUCCGCCGCCCCGCCGUCGCCCAACGACCCCUUCGCGAACGGAACGAACACGUACUACAUCGAGGAGAUGUACAGGCUCUGGAGGCAGGAUCCCAAGGCUGUGCACGCGUCCUGGGAUGUCUACUUCUCCGGCAUGGACAAGGGUCUCCCCAGCUACAAGGCGUUCCAGCCCCCACCCGCGGUCGCUCCUGCCGACGGCGCUCCUGCACUCCACGCGAGCGGUGGGGCUGAGCUCGACGACCACUUGAAGGUCCAACUCCUUGUUCGCGCCUACCAAGUCCGUGGUCACCACAUCGCCCAGCUUGAUCCCCUCGGCAUCCUUGACCCCGACCUGAACCCCGUGCACCCUCCCGAGCUUGAGCUCAGUCGGUAUGGCUUCACCGAGCGCGACCUCGAAAAGCAGAUCACCCUUGGGCCUGGUAUCCUCCCUCACUUCGCCACUGAGGACAGGAACACGAUGUCACUCGGCGACAUCAUCAACCUCUGCAAGCGUCUUUACUGCGGUGCGGUCGGCUUCCAGUACGUGCACAUCCCCGACAAGGAGCAGUGUGACUGGAUCCGAGAGCGCGUCGAGGUCCCCAAACCCUGGAACUACACUGUGGAGGAGAAGCGCAUGGUUUUGGACCGCCUCAUCUGGUCGGAGUCGUUCGAGAAGUUCGUCGCCAGCAAGUUCCCCAACGAGAAGCGUUUCGGUCUGGAGGGUUGCGAGUCGCUCAUUCCCGGUAUGAAGGCUCUCAUUGACCGUUCCGUCGAGCAUGGCGUCAAGCACAUCACCAUCGGUAUGCCUCACCGCGGUCGUCUCAACGUUCUCGCCAACGUUAUCAGGAAACCCAUCGAGGCCAUCCUGAACGAGUUUUCUGGCACUGCCGAAGACGAUGACUUCCCCGCCGGUGACGUCAAGUACCACCUUGGCGCCAACUAUGUUCGCCCAACUCCCUCCGGCAAGAAGGUCGCGCUCUCGCUCGUGGCGAACCCGUCCCAUCUCGAGGCUGAGGAUCCUGUUGUGCUCGGUAAAACUCGUGCUCUUCAGCACUUCGAGCAUGACGAGGCGAACCACAACACCGCCAUGGGACUCCUUCUCCACGGUGAUGCUGCUUUCUCCGGUCAGGGUGUUGUCUACGAGACGAUGGGCUUCCACAACCUCACCAACUACGGUACCGGCGGAACCAUCCACGUCAUUGUCAACAAUCAGAUCGGAUUCACUACCGAUCCUCGCUUCUCGCGUUCUACUCCCUAUCCCUCCGAUAUCGCCAAGGCUAUCGACGCCCCCAUCUUCCAUGUGAACGGAGACAACGUCGAGGCGGUCAACUUUGUCUGCCAGCUUGCUGCUGACUGGCGCGCGAAGUGGAAGAAGGAUGUUAUUAUCGACAUCGUUUGCUACCGCCGCUACGGCCACAAUGAGACCGAUCAGCCGAGCUUUACGCAGCCGCGCAUGUACAAGGCCAUCGAGAAGCAGCCGACCGCUCUGACGAAGUACACUCAGUUCCUCGUCGGCCGUGGCACCUUCACGGAGAAGGACAUUGAAGACCACAGGAAGUGGGUAUGGGGGAUGCUCGAGAAGGCGGCCGCUGGUGCGAAAGACUACGUCCCUUCGAGCAAAGAGUGGCUUUCUGCCACCUGGCCCGGUUUCCCUUCCCCUAAGGAGCUCGCAGAGAAGACUCUCCCCACCCGCCACACUGGCAAGGACGAGGCAACGCUCAAGCACAUCGGCAAGGCCAUCUCUUCCUUCCCCCCUGGUUUCAAGCCCCACAGGAACCUUGCUCGUAUCCUCACCACCCGUGGCAAGACCAUUGAAGAGGGCACAAACAUCGAUUGGGCCACUGCUGAGGCGCUCGCCUUCGGUUCGCUUGCUCUCGAGGACAUCCACGUUCGUGUCUCCGGCCAGGAUGUUGAGCGUGGAACCUUCUCUCAGCGUCACGCCGUCAUCCACGACCAAGAGACUGAAGCGCAGUACAUCCCUCUCAACGACCUCGGUCAGAACCAGGCUCGCUUCGUCGUCUGCAACUCCUCUCUAUCUGAGUUUGGCGCGCUCGGCUUCGAGCUCGGGUACUCCCUUGUAUCGCCCGAUGCGUUGACGAUCUGGGAGGCGCAGUUUGGUGACUUCGCCAACAACGCGCAGUGCAUCAUUGACCAGUUCAUCGCAUCGGGUGAGCGCAAGUGGCUCCAGCGCACUGGUCUCGUCAUGAGCAUGCCCCACGGUUUCGACGGCCAGGGUCCCGAGCACUCGAGCGGACGCAUCGAGCGCUUCCUCCAGCUCUGCGACGACCAUCCGCACAUUUACCCCUCGCCGGAAAAGAUUGAGCGUCAACACCAGGACUGCAACAUGCAAAUCGUCUACCCCACCACGCCUGCCAACUACUUCCAUGUCCUCCGCCGCCAGAUCCACCGUGGCUUCCGCAAGCCUCUCAUUGUCUUCUUCUCCAAGUCCCUCCUCCGUCAUCCCAAGGCCCGCUCCGAUCUCUCGGAGAUGGUUAGCGAGACCCACUUCCAGCGCUACCUCCCUGAGUCUCAUCCAGAGACCAUGGUUGCUCCGGAGAACGUCCGCCGACACGUCCUGUGCACGGGUCAGGUCUACCACACUCUUCUCCAGGAGCGUGAGGACAAGGGUAUCAAUGAUGUCGCAAUCAGCCGUGUCGAGCAGAUCUCUCCCUUCCCGUAUGACCUGAUUACUCCCCACCUCGACAAGUACCCCAACGCGGACAUCGUCUGGUGCCAGGAGGAGCCGCUUAACAACGGUGCUUGGACAUACGUGGGACCUCGCAUCCAGACCGCGGCGAACGAGACGGUGCACCACAAGGGCAAGUACCCGCUCUACGCCGGCCGUGAGCCUACAGGCUCUGUCGCCACCGGCAGCAAGACGAUCCAUAAGAAGCAGACCGAGCAGUUCCUUGCGGAGGCUUUCGCCCAGUGA